GACCCAUUAUACGGCGUCGUUCCCAAGUUCCUACACUUUCCGCUGUUGUGAAUUCGGGUCACACCCAAGAUAUCAAUUUCUACCAGGUACUGUCACAAACUCGCAAAGAUCAAUUUUGCAUAUUUCUCCCUUCUGGGUCGGCGAAUUGAGGCACAUAAAAUAUGGGAAACAAGAAAAGAAAAAGUUUUUUUAAUUUGAUUUCUGUUUGUAAAUGAUAAGCUGAUGUGUGUUAUUGGGUCUGUGUAUAAUCAUUGAGCAUUGACCAAGUCUUGAUAUCAUUCAUUGAAAUCAAACUUUGAGUAUGAUGAUAUAUUGUUCUUUUACACUGAUCUUUUGAUGACUUCAUUCAUUUCUCUAUAAGAACCAACACAAUUGACAUGUUUGUACCUUUUGGUGCAUUUGCAUUUCUAAUGAAGUUAGGAAUGUAGGUUUACAAAUUUACAAUAAUAAGUUAUGUUGUUAUGUCAGUUCUGAGCGGGAACUAAACUAUGAAAACUUAACAGUAGGCUACACAAGCAUGUCUUGUGAUGCCAUCCAACAUAACCGGCUAAUGUAUAGUUUGCAAAACUGAAGCUUCUUGAUUUGAUAAAUGUUGAGGCAACAAGUAUGAAUGGAGAAGUUUUACAUUGGGUAUGAAUGGAGAAGUUGAACAAUAUAUAAGUGACAAGGACCCAUAACCUAAUAUCUUAAGGUUUUAGGUUGGAUAUGACAUUUAAAUCUAUUUAUAUGAUUUGCUCAUGGUCCAUUGAAAGUGAUCUGUUCGGUACAAUAAAUCUAAAAACCAUGUGAACGUGACAUGGUAGAUGAUUUAAAAGUGUUGUUUUGUAGAACCCCCGCAUUUGCUUUUUUUUUUUGACAUGUGGAGUUUGGAGCAUUAUUUUGUCAGUUGUUGUGAUUAAAGAAAUCACUUGCAUAUUUGUAGCAGUGCUUCUUCUGUCUUUGCCUCCUAGCUUUUUGGUACAGGAGGUGUAUGACCUUUCUUGUGUGAAAUGUUUUUAAAUAGUAUCUGACAUCUGUGAUGGCUGUUGCUAAUGUGGAGUCUCUGCUUGUUUUUCUUCUCAUUACGGUUCUUGUAUUCUUAUGUUCUGCAUUUAUACAUAAAAAUAGGAUAUAUCUUUUACUUGUGGCUGUUUGACUGUUCCUGUAUCCAUCUGAAGAAGAUCUGUUUAAAUUAAUUAUAUUCUAGGUGGAGAGGAUUUCUGAACCAUCUGAAAGUGAAAGGGUUGCUGGCCAUACCUCUACAAGUGCUAGAAAAAACUAUGAGAAUAUAGCUUACAAAGAUUUUUAAAGGGGUGAUAGGUGAUUGCUCUAAAGUUGAAAGCAAGUUGAAUGAUCACAGAAUGGAGACGCAGACACCUGGAACAGAGGGUACCAAGGGUGAUGCCUCCAUCAGUCAGGCCAGCAAGGAUAAAUCCAACUUCAAGAUGGAAGGUUCUAUCAAGCAUGAAUUGAAUAGUGUAUUAAAUGAGGAGGAGUUGCCUGAAGCAAACGUUGGGACUGGAAGAGGUUCAUUUGGAAAUGAAGAGAAUCCUGUUCAUCUUAGGGAUGGACAUUUGUCAGUAUUGAAACAUAAGGAGAAAAAACUGAUUGAUGAAGUUACUGUACGGACUUCCGAACUUGAGCAUCUUGAACGAGAAUUGGAAGUGAUGAAGGAAGCAGCUGAAAUGGCAUUUAAUAACCAACAUUCUAUUGACUUCUACAUUGACCAGUUGAAUGAACAAGUAAAAGCUAAGAGGAAUUACCUUUUGACUUUGGAAUCAGAGUGGGAUGUUGUAAGAAAACCUUUGGAGGAGAGAAAGAUAAGUCUUGAGGAGUCUCUAUAUUCAAACAAUCCAGAUGCACUAGAAAUGCUUCAAAGGAUGAGAGAAGUGCAGCAGGAAGAGCAGUUUAUUUUAUCUGAAAUUAUAAAGAGGGAGGAGGAACAUUUGAAACUUCAUGCAGAUCUUGAGAAGCAGCCAAAACUAGCAUCCAGGAAAUCUUAUACUGACAGGAUAAAGGAGAUUACAAAAAAUAGUGGGAAACAAGAUACUGACAUUGAGCGGAUCUUAAAAGAUACCAGGGAGGUUCAAUUGGAGAGUAAUUCUAUCCAGGAACGCUUGCAUCGAACAUAUGCUGUUGCAGAUGAAAUUGUCUUUAGGGAAGCAAAGAAAGAUCCCACAGGAUUGCAGGUUUAUAGGCUCUUGGUUAGCAUCCAUAAAGGUUUUGAACAAAUAUCCGAGAAAAUUCUAGCAACUGAUAGAAUCAGAAGAGAAGUAACUGAAUAUGAAAUGAAAUUGGCAGCCACUACUUCCAGAAGCAUGGAUGUGGGCGAACUAAGAACUAAUCUUGAUGCAAUUGUUAGGGAAAAUGAAUAUCCUGAAUAACAUUUACAAGUAACUGAUGUUGUUUCAGCAACUCAUUUGAAACUGGCAGCCACAACUUCAAGAAGCUGAUCUUGAUUCCAUUAUUAGGGAAAAUGAUUCCCUGAAGAACAGUUACAAGUGAUGUUAUUUCAACUACUCAUUGAGAACAACUAUUUCUAACAGUCAAUUUCCAUUCUUUCAUGUUUUUGUGCUGUGAAGUUUUUAUGUAGGAACACAUUGAGAAUUUGAUUUUUCUCUUAUUGGAUUGAUUGAGGGGGAGUAAUUUCAAGUGUGAGUGACAGAAUCAAUGAGGAUUGCUAGGAUUAUUAAAAGUUUCAAGAAAGAUGUAACAUAAUAAAUAUGAGUCCUUGUAUAAUUCAAUCUCUUUG